CAUUAUGCCGCCGCCUCCGCGAGUAUAGGGCUGUGCUGCCACUCACUCGUUCGCAUCUCGUAUCCUUUUACUUGCGAACCGUUUCUAGGCGACUUCAAGAUAUGCCCGCCGUUUCCGGGAACCCCGCUAUCAUACUUCACUCGUAGUCAUCCUCUGCAUAAUUGCCCUCCACUCUCGCCGGGCAACUCUUCUCUGUCCCUCGGCCGCAUACCGUACUAUCGUCUAUUAUGGCCUCUUUCCCGACCAUUUGGCUGGCACUGGCGCUGCUCUGGUCCAUGGCGGCAGCUCAGCAGGUCGUGUCCUCGAACACGUCCACCGCACAGCCCUCGGGCACCUUUCAAUUGAUGGCUACUUCGCAGAUGUCGACUAUUGCAGAACUUAUUGCUCUGACAGACUCAGCUGCGAACAUAAACAUGCCUCCACCAGGCCUGACAGGAACCCUCUUCCUUACGAACACUGAUACCGUGGUGAAUUUGACCGAGAGAAACAUAGCAUAUAUUAGCUGCGAUGCUUCAGACUACCCAGGGAAUCUCCAGGCCUCUGAUCUCCUGCAGCGCGCGGACGGGCUGAAUGCAACAGCCUCCAUUCUUUACAGCACUACCUCCAAUUUCUGUCAACUCGACAAACCCUCUACUUCAAUAUCUGACUCUGUUGUGUAUUCCAUGACGAACUUCUCGGAAUCCUCUACAAUUGUCAACGAUCUGACACAACCACCGCUCCCGCCUUCUCAGCACUUCUUCAUAACAAUCGUGCACAACGGCACAAAUGGAGGCAAUAGCACCAACAACAGCUCUAAUAGCAAUCCAUUGGGCCCCUCUCCGUCAACGGCAGUCGCCAUGAUCAUUUUAUACAGCAUUACAGGAAUUAUUACUGCGCUUUUCCUAAUCAUUAUUGUCACGGGUGCUAUUAGAGCGCACCGUAACCCGGAACGAUAUGGCCCCCGGGAUAUGAUGGGUCGACCUCGACAGAGUCGAGCUAGAGGCCUUGCACGAGCCAUGCUGGACACCCUACCGAUCGUCAAGUUUGGAGAGCGGGAGGCGCCUAAGCCCACAGAUGUGGAAUUGGCGUCCACUGUUGAAACUCGCGAUGUGGGCGCCGUGGAUAACGCUCACGAGACUACCACACAAAGUAGUAGCCAGGAAGUCAGCGACGCGCCUUCUGCCCCUGAAAACGGGCAGCGUCACGAAGAAUCAAGGGAUGAGAAUGGCAUAUCAGCUGCCGAGCCUCUACCAGCUGUCGCAGCCGGUACCCCAUCUUCUGACGAAGGACUCGGCUGCUCAAUCUGCACAGACGACUUUGAGAAGGGCCAGGAUAUUCGGGUGCUCCCGUGCAAUCACAAGUUCCACCCCGCUUGUGUCGAUCCUUGGCUUCUGAACGUGUCUGGCACGUGCCCUCUCUGCCGUAUCGACCUACGCCCGACUACGUCAGACUCAGCAUCAAAUCGCGACAGUCAAGACGCAGACUCGCCAGAGUUACUAGCUCCGCCUUUGGAACCUGAGACGGAGCAUUCCCACCGCCGUCGUUCUGCUCUUCGUGAUAUGCUUAGCCUUCGAUCGAGGCCAAAUGCGACCGCUGAGGAACGUCUUGCUGCACUAAGGCGUUUGAGGGAGGAGCGUCGACAGGCCGAAGACGCCCUUGCGGAUUCCAGCACUGUAGUCAAUACAGGUGUAGCUGGAAGUAAUGCCGAUGAGACGCUGGAUGCAUCUCGGAGAAAAAGGAUGAGCGCACGCCUUCAGGAAGUUUUCAGUGUUCGUACGAGGAGAGGCACUGACAAUGUUCCCGAAGGGGAGGCAUCGAAUAGCUCUGGUUCUGCUGGCGGCGCUCCGAGAUCAGAUCCUAGUAGAGGACCCGAGUCGCAGAAUAGUAGCGAGGGUCAGAGACGUAGCGGAGAUGCAUCCGGGUAGACUCUGUGUUUGGUGGGGUCCCUUCUUUUCACAGCGCUGGCGUUUGGGUAUGAUGUGCUUCGGCCUUGGCACGCGUUAGCUCUGGACUAUAACGGAUUGAGCGUAUAUCAUGUUUAUCAGCAUGUGGUCCGACGUUGGUUUAGAGUCGCUCGACUCCGGAAGGGUGUGAUGCACUGUAUUAUGUAUGAUCACGAGGUAUAUUCGUCACGACAGAAUGACUAGGAAGACGAUGUAUAACUUAUUGACUACAAUUUUACCGUAGCCAAAACGGAGCUACGACCAUGAAUGCCUCGCCAUAAGUCUGUUCCGCUUUGUGCU